UGAAAUCGUGCGAGUUGAGUUUGAAAUUUCUAGCCGACCCGAGGGAAAGUUGAGAAGCAAUUGGUUGCGUGAAGCCCUCCCCACCAGCUGUAGGAUCAACACGGCACUAACGGCAGUUGGCCGUUAAAAGUCAGUCGAGCGGAGACAAAAAUACCUUCUGUUUGAUCGUGGUAAAUAAGCACGGGACUCAGGCACCAACUUGAGAUGAAGACAGACAUGCCUGUGAUCAGCCUCCUCACCCUUUUGAUCCUUGUCUUGGACACCGCUAACCCUAGCUGCGCCGCGCCAUUAGACACAAUGCUGUACAUGUCUGAGAGGGAGACUUUGAUUGUAGAGAAUGAACAGAUGAGGCUCGGGGGAAGCCUGCAGCUGUCUGAACUAGAGCAGCGAGUCAAUGAAGUCAUUAUGAAGGAAAAACGAGACCUGAUAGAGAACAGCCGUUUAAACAGUUCCGAGUUUAUGCCCUCCAUGAGUUUCUUCCACUCCAAGCCUCAGAUGGAGAAGACAAAGACCUACCAGAUCAUACACAACAUGCCCAAAGGUGCGGCGCUGCAUCUCCACGACCAAUCAAUGGUCAGCCCUGAUUGGAUCAUUAAAAACGUGACCUACAGGGACAACCUGUACAUGUGCCAAUGGCAAGGUCAACUCUGCAGGUUCAAAUUUUUCAACGCCUCGGCUGUUGGCUCAGACUGCCAGUGGAAAUCUGUACAGGCUGAGAGAGCCGCAGCUUCAGACGUUAAGGCUUUUGAUCUAAGUUUAAAGAACAAUAUAAGUCUCCUGGUACAAGAUCCAUUUUUAGCCUUCGCUGACAACCAGGCAGCUUGGUCAAGAUUUAGUCGAUUUUUUGGCCAGAUCUACGCCAUGAUGACCUAUCUGCCAGUAUACAGAGACAUGUUCUGGAGGACGUUGGAGGAGUUCAGGGAGGGAAAUGUACAGUACGUGGAAGUGAGGGGAGAUUUCAGUGGGCUGUAUGAGCUCAAUGGUACCGUCUACAACGCCGAGUUUGGGGUGCAGCUUGUCCGGCAGAUUGUCCAAGACUUUGUUAAACGGUACCCGGACUUCAGUGGUGCUAAAAUUAUAUUCUGUGGUAUUAGGAAUCAAGACCUAGCUGUUGUGUUGGGUCAGGUAAAAACCUCAAUAAAUCUGCACAAAAAAUAUCCCGAUGUUUUCAUUGGUUACGACCUGGGUGGGAACGAGGCCGCCUAUAAGCCAUUGGCCUACUUUACUGAAGCUCUACUGUACCCGUCAAGACAGGAGCCACCCUACAACCUGCCCUACUUCUUCCAUGCUGGGGAAACCAACUGGCAGGGUACAGCCGCCGACUACAACUUGGUGGACGCCCUGCUACUGAACACAACACGCAUAGGUCACGGGUUCGCCCUGCCCAAACACCCGAGGCUGGCUCAGAUGGUCAGGGAGAGGGGCAUAGCUCUAGAGGUGGAGCCCGUCUCUAAUCAGAUGUUGAGGCUAGUCGAUGACUUGAGAAACCACCCCAUAACUGCCCUGAUGGCCGAGGGCUACCCAGUGGUCAUCUGCACGGAUGACCGCACCUCCACCGACAUGUCCCCCCUGUCCCACGACUUCUACCUCGCCUUCAUGGCCAUGUCCAGUGAAGACGCUGACCUGACCUUUUUAAAACAGCUGGCCAUCAACUCUUUGAAGUACAGCGCCAUGGAACCAACAGAGAAAGAAACAGCGCUAAAACUCUGGCAGGAAAAAUGGGACAGAUUUAUAAAAGAAACAAUUCAAGCUAUUUAAUUUUAUCUGCACUGUUACAUUUGUUCAUUGUUUUUGUUUGUUAUUUUUAAUAAUGUAAAUAAUUUAUGACGCCAUUUUCAAAUAAAUAUGUUUUUA